AUGUCCGACACUGACGACUCUGCCCAAACUUCGCCUCGUCCGUUCGCGUGGGAUCGCCUGCCGGAGGAGCUUCAGCUGGAGCUCCUCUUUAACCUCGACUACUACGAACUGAAGGAGGUGCAGGCUGUGUCGAAGAACUUCAGGGAGUUCGUGAAGUCCAAGCAGUUCGACAAGCCUCUCUUCCGCGAAGCACCUCGCCCGGGACUGCUUACCAAGCGCAUGCGCAUCGAGUUGCAUCCCUUGCUCGACGGCGUCGACUUCUUCAGUUCGAGUCAGACGUCGGCUUGCUACCGUACCAUGAACUACGAGUCCAAUGCAUUUGAAUAUGCUGCCGUGAAGGAGUACGCCACGUCUCCAGCUUGCAGCCGGAUGUCGUUCAGAUUCAACCACAGAGACUUUGAGGACGUCGACGAUCCGGGUAUUCUUGCGGUGAAGUCCGGCAUCACGGUCAAGGAUGUUCUCGAUUUCCUCAUCGCCUUCUGGGAGAAGGAGAUCCAGGCGGGCUGGUCCAGGGACUGGCUUUACGAGAAGGUCUGGUGGAACGGCUUCUGUCCGCCCAAACUCGCCAGCAAGACGAAGGAGCCGACUGUCCUGCUCAAAUCUUGUCCUUACGAUUCCUGA